AACCCGGCACGGGACAGGACAACAUGGCUGCCGCUGCAGGCCGAUACUCCGGAGAAGGCGGCAGAGCAACGAAAAGACAGAAAACGGAUGAAGGAGGAAUGACCACGGAGAGCUACGAUGACCCUCACAAACCGCUCCCCUCCUCGGUGGUGCACAUCAGGGGCUUGGUGGACGGUAUCCUGGAGGCUGACCUGGUGGAGGCCCUGCAGGAGUUUGGGGCCAUCGGUUUUGUCGUUAUGAUGCCCAAGAAGCGGCAGGCCCUAGUGGAGUAUGAGGACACGAAUGGCUCCUGCAACGCUGUCACAUAUGCAGCAGAGAACCAGGUUUACAUUGCCGGUCACCCUGCCUUCAUUAAUUAUUCCACCAGCCAAAAGAUCUCCCGGCCAGGGGACUCCGAAGACACCCGGAGUGUCAACAACGUCCUGCUGCUCACGGUCAUAAACCCCAUCUAUCCCAUCACCGCGGACGUGCUCUACACCAUUUGUAACAACUGUGGACCUGUGCAGAGGAUCGUCAUCUUCAGAAAGAAUGGCGUUCAGGCCAUGGUGGAGUUUGACUCGGUCCAAAGUGCUCAGAGGGCCAAAGCUUCUCUGAAUGGGGCAGACAUCUAUUCUGGCUGCUGCACUCUAAAGAUUGAGUAUGCCAAGCCAGCCCGACUUAAUGUCUUCAAGAACGACCAGGACACGUGGGACUAUACAAACCCCACCCUCAGUGGCCAAGAUGCUGAUGGUGAAGGCAAUUGGAACAAUUCACAAGACCCCAAUGCCAAUCCUAACAAACGCCAGAGGCAGCCAGCUCUUCUGGGAGACCACCCACCUGACUAUGAUGAAGGUGGCCCACAAGGAGGUUAUCAUAACUACAAUGAGGACAGCUACGGCCCGCCUCCUCCCCACCGCAUGGGACCCGGUAUGGGCGGGCGCGGUCGCGGUAGCCAGCGCUACGGCCCAAGUUAUGGGCCGCCACCCCCAGAGUACGGUCCUCACGCCGACUCCCCGGUUCUCAUGGUUUAUGGCCUUGAGUCCGCUAAGGUCAACGCCGACAAGGUCUUCAACAUCUUCUGCCUCUACGGCAAUAUAGAGAGGAUUAAGUUCAUGAAGAGUAAGCCUGGAGCAGCAAUGGUGGAGAUGGGAGACUGUUACUCUGUGGACAGGGCCAUCACUCACCUCAACAACAACUUCCUUUUUGGACAGAAACUCAAUGUUUGUGUUUCCAAGCAGCAGGCUAUUGUGCCAGGACAGUGCUACCAGUUGGAGGACAACACCAGCAGCUUCAAAGAUUUCCACGGAUCCCGCAACAACCGCUUCACCUCCUCGGAGCAGGCGGCCAAGAACCGAAUUCAGCACCCCAGCAACGUCUUACACUUCUUCAACGCGCAGCCCGACAUCUCUCCAGAGAUCUUCAACCAGGCCUGUGAAGAACUGGGAAUCAAGAGCCCCACCAGUGUGAAACUUUUUACCGGAAAGAGUGAGCGGAGUUCAUCUGGCCUCCUGGAGUGGGAAACCAUCAACGAUGCUAUGGAAGCCCUAGCUCUGAUUAACCAUUUCCAGAUGAAAAAUCCCAGUGGGCCUUACCCCUACACCCUGAAGCUGUGUUUCUCAACCACACACCAUGCCAACUGAACACUCCACACAAACCAUUUGUAAUGUCUGUGUUCUCUACAGUUCUGUCAGUAUUGACAACAACUAGGACUGCAUUGCUUUAGAACAUGUUUAAACUAUGGUUUUGUAUGAUGUAUUUACUUUUAUCAUGUUUUCAAUCACUUUUGUUUUGUAUGUAUCUAACACAAUAUUUGAAGAAAGAAAGAGGAGGAAAAAGCACUA